AUGAUGUUCCAACUCUAUAAAGGGGCUCGGAUGGUGCUGACACUUUGCGCUACAGCUGGAAACCGAUGGCAUCUUGACUGCUUUCGUUGCAACACAUGUAACACGCUACUCGACUCGGAUGCGAACCUGCUCCUGCUUGGAGAUGGUUCCCUCAUCUGCAACAACUGCACCUACAGCUGCAGCGCUUGCAAUAAUAAGAUUGAAGACCUUGCCAUCCUAACCGGAGACCAGGCCUUUUGUGCAAGCUGCUUCCGCUGCAGGAACUGCAAGAGGAAGAUCGAGAACCUGCGAUAUGCCCGCACAUCACACGGCAUCUUUUGCAUGAACUGCCACGAGUCCCUCAUGGCAAGACGACGCAAGAAAUCAAAAGCAGCAGCUCAAGCAAAACAACGAGAAAAGGAUGCGUCGCCCAUGAUCACAGACAAGUCCCUGCCCGCCUUGCCGCCAAACGCCGUCCCUCCUAUAGCGUUCUCGGGCGAUAGGGCAACCCCCGACUCCGACACGCCUACCGAGUUGUCGCCGCGUCCUCGCAAUGCAUAUGGCGGCAUCAACGAGUCGUCUUCGCGCAGCGUCUCGAGGAACGAGCUUUCUCCCGAACGAACCCAAGACUCUUCGAAAGAGCCAUCGCUUGCGCCACCUCAGCAAAACUAUCGGAACAACCGAAACUCGACCAUUCUUUCUGGCGAUAUGAACAUCGGAGAUGGCGAAGGAUUCUUCAUCCCGGUAGCGCUGGAUCCCAGCCCUGCCCCUUCACUGACGCCACAGUCCAUGUCCGAUACUUUUACCGACUCGAGCAGGAGGAAACAGGAGAGAGAUUACUUCAGUGCACCGAAGCCAAGUCCAUCCCAGGACAAGAGAUCGGAAUCCGCAGCAUCCACGCCCCAUAUCGCUUUCCAAGAAAAAGGCAGACAACCGUCGUCCGACUAUGAAGUACCACAAUACGAAAGACCAGCGAGGAAGCUUUCGAAGCGGAACGGCAAACCCCAGACAUCGCCAGGAAUUGGCGAGGAAAGGAGGCCUUCGAAUGGGAGGACACCCACAAACGAUGAGUUCAAACUGCAGGACGCCCCCAAGAGCAAAAAGCUUGUCAACUCCAGGAGUAAUUCUUUGUCGGGUGGUUCUAUCGACGCUUCAGCUCCUACAAGACCACCGCCAGCACCGUCCAGAAACAAGGAACCGCUUUCAAACACUGCCAGCAACAACUCGCCGUCUCCUUCGAAUUUGUCCGAAAGAGUUACGCCUCCCCGAGCUUCUCAGGACUCCCGGUUGAGGGACGAAGAUGCUAUCCGGCCAUCGAUAGAUUCACUGUCCAACAGGUCGGAUCUUUCUGGGCCCAAGCCGGUAGCGCGCAAAGAAGUACCACAGCCACCACCUCGGAAUGGCGAGCUACAAGUUCGUCCAGCGGCUCCCGAACAAAAACUAAGCGACACCUACAUGCAACCACGGGCAGCUCCACCGCCGCCGCCGUCACAGGCUGGGCAACGAACACCUAGGGGAUCUGUGAGCUCAGUGAAUGAGGAAGGGAAGGUAUCACCCAAGUUGCCGCGGUGGAGUGCUGGUGGCGACUUCAGCAUGGAUGAGGACAUGGCUAGAAUUCUUGGUACCGACGAGGGCUCUUCAUCUAUACUGCGCCGUGUGUCCAAUGCCGUUCGUCACGGGCGACAUAAUAGUGCCGAAACCGCUACCCACCAGACGAGGGUCGGUCACAGCAGGAGCGUCAGCGAGACGACUCGAGGCACCACUUCGCCCCGUUGGCCUAGAACGCCAAUUGCUGAAGACCCAACGAACGGUGGCCAUGUUCCCGACAUCAGCAGCCCGAUCUCGCUCUCCGGAGCUGCCCAUGAUGAUCCAAUGUUCCUGAAGCGGCAGCUCAGAAACUCGGAGCAGCGCGUUGCAGAACUCGAGCGACAGUUCAACACCGAGAAGGAUCUCAAGAACUUAAACAAGAAACUUGUGGAAAAGAGAAAGACUGUGUCUGUCCUUGAUACCCAGACAGAGAUUAUGAUCCGGCAGCUUGAGGUUUUGGCCGGUUAUGUGGAGCGGGCAAAGAAGACGAGCGAACCCCUGGAUCCCCGGGAGCUGGAGGAGUCUGCCAUCAAAGACUUUGUGCAAAAGCUGGAGAAGGUCAAGCAAAACAUGACGGCAGCGAUCGAGCAACUCCACGCUGAGCGGGAUGACCUGCUCGAGGAAAGGAAUCAAGCCAUUGCCGACCGCGACCGCGCCCUUCUCGAGUUUGAGCAGCUUUCGUCCAAGAAUGCGCAGUUGGCUGAUCUGAACAACGAUCUUACACACCAAAUACAAGAGAGGUUCAAGCAGCAGAUCAAUAAUGGUGAUCUCAAGAUGCCUCCAAAUGGUCUUGGCAUCUACAGCCAUUCCAAGGGCUCGUCCUCGGUCAACUUGGAUACCGCCAGCAUGCAGACUGGAACCACCCUCAUGGGCACUGAUGCUGAAGAGCCCAUCCUCGAGGGCCCAACAGUGGUGAAUAUUCGCAAGGGUCAAGUCAAAAAGUUCAACUGGAAAAAGGGGUCAAGCAAGGUUGCGCACAACAUCACGAAGGGCAUCAACCGUGCGGCAGGUGCCUUCCAGGCACAAGAAGGCAAUCCUCGCAUUGGCGCCCCUCAGACGCUGAACAGCGACAGCAUUGGCAUCCCGUACAACAUGACGGUCGCUCAGGUCGAGUCACCAGUCACCACGAUCCCACCUCCACCGCCACCUAUGGGCGUGAACAGAGUCAACACCGACCAGCGUCAAGGUUUUGGCUUCUUUGGCAAGAAGCAGCAACAGCAGGCAAUGACCAAGUCCCAGUCCAUGAACAAUGUCCCAGCACCGGCAGCAGCCGAAGCACCAAGCACGUUGUUCGGAUCGGAACUGGUCGAGAGGGCGGAUUAUGAACGCCGUCAGAUACCCAACGUCGUCACGCGCUGCAUUGAGGAGGUGGAGCUGCGGGGUAUGGACAUUGAGGGUAUCUACCGGAAAACGGGCGGCAACUCGCAGGUCAAGAUGAUACAGGAAGGGUUUGACAAGAAUGGGGACUUUGACAUUUCGGAUCCCGACUUGGACAUUACGGCUGUGACGAGCGUGCUGAAACAGUAUUUCCGGAAGUUGCCGACGCCGCUGUUGACGUUUGAUGUUUAUGAGAGGAUUUUGGAGAGCAACAUGGGGAAAGCAAUCCAAGACGAGAGCGAGAGGUGCGCGCACAUGAGGAGGACGAUUAAUACGCUGCCGCCAAAGCAUCGGGACUGUCUGGAGUUUUUGAUGUUUCAUCUUGCUAGGGUGGCCAGUAGGGAGAGGGAGAAUUUGAACUUGGCCGUGGUGUUUGCGCCGACGAUUAUGAGGGAUCACAGUUUGGAGAAGGAGAUGACGGACAUGCAUGUCAAGAAUUUGGCGGUGCAGUUUUUGAUUGAGAAUAGUCAUGUUAUUUUUGGAGAGGCUUGA